AUCAAGUCCAGAAACCGCCAAAACCUUGGCUAUAGACUCAAAGCAAAUCACAUGGCCGACAUGACUGAAGAAGAGAUCAGACAGAAGAAAGGACUACUGACGGAUAAAGAACCUGGUGUACUGAAUGGGGGGAAGAGAUUUGAAAUACCGGAGGGUACCAAUGUCAAAACUCUACCUGAUACCGUUAACUGGGAAAAAUCGGGUGCAGUAAAUCCGGUAAGAAGUCAAGGGAUUUGUGGCUCGUGUUAUGCAUACCCUGUUACUGGUGCCAUGGAAUGGGCCUAGUUU